GUUAGCUGUCAGGCACCUACUCGGCGACGUGUGAGGUGGCUGAGGUGCCCGCGGCGGGAGCGAACCCGGCGGCGGCGGCGACCACCCGGCCGGGGGGGGGGGGGUGUGAGGCGAGCGGAGCGGCGCCGAGGCCAUGGGGAACCGCGAGAUGGAGGAGCUGAUCCCGCUGGUGAACCGGCUGCAGGACGCCUUCUCGGCGCUGGGGCAGAGCUGCCUGCUCGAGCUGCCUCAGAUCGCCGUGGUGGGCGGCCAGAGCGCCGGCAAGAGCUCGGUGCUCGAGAACUUCGUGGGCCGGGACUUUCUCCCUCGAGGGUCUGGCAUCGUGACAAGACGGCCUCUUGUGUUGCAGCUGGUUACUUCCAAAGCAGAAUAUGGAGAGUUCCUGCACUGCAAAGGGAGGAAGUUCACGGAUUUUGGUGAAGUUCGCCACGAGAUUGAAGCGGAGACAGACCGGGUCACGGGGAUGAACAAAGGCAUCUCCCCCAUCCCUAUCAAUUUACGGGUCUACUCGCCACACGUCUUGAACCUCACCCUCAUCGACCUGCCGGGCAUCACCAAGGUGCCCGUGGGAGACCAGCCCCCCGACAUUGAGUACCAGAUCCGAGACAUGAUCAUGCAGUUCAUCUCCAGGGAGAACUGCCUCAUCUUGGCAGUCACGCCUGCCAACACGGACCUGGCCAACUCGGACGCCUUGAAGCUGGCCAAGGAAGUGGACCCUCAGGGUCUGCGAACCAUCGGAGUCAUCACCAAGUUGGAUCUGAUGGAUGAAGGGACCGACGCCAGGGAUGUCCUGGAGAAUAAGCUGCUGCCUCUGCGCAGGGGCUACAUUGGCGUGGUGAACAGGAGCCAGAAGGACAUAGACGGGAAGAAGGACAUCAAGGCAGCCAUGAUGGCUGAGAGGAAGUUCUUUCUCUCGCACCCGGCCUACAGGCACAUCGCUGACCGCAUGGGCACCCCACACCUGCAGAAGGUCCUCAAUCAGCAACUCACUAACCAUAUCCGAGAUACUCUGCCAAACUUCCGGAACAAGCUGCAGGGGCAGCUGCUGUCCAUCGAGCACGAGGUGGAGGCCUUCAGGAACUUCAAGCCGGAGGACCCCACCCGGAAGACCAAAGCAUUGCUGCAGAUGGUUCAGCAAUUUGCUGUGGAUUUUGAGAAGAGAAUCGAGGGGUCAGGGGACCAAGUAGAUACCCUGGAGCUCUCAGGGGGAGCUAAAAUCAAUCGUAUUUUCCAUGAACGCUUUCCUUUCGAAAUAGUAAAGAUGGAGUUCAACGAGAAGGAACUUCGCAGAGAAAUCAGUUACGCAAUCAAAAACAUCCACGGCAUAAGGACGGGGCUGUUUACUCCAGAUAUGGCGUUCGAAGCAAUAGUCAAAAAGCAGAUUGUGAAGCUGAAAGGGCCAUCUUUGAAGAGUGUGGAUCUGGUCAUGCAGGAAUUAAUCAACACUGUUAAGAAAUGUUCCAAAAAACUGGCGAACUUCCCCCGACUCUGUGAGGAGACAGAGAGGAUUGUCGCCAACCACAUUCGGGAGCGAGAAGGGAAGACCAAGGACCAGGUGCUGCUGCUGAUCGACAUCCAAGUCUCCUACAUCAACACCAACCACGAGGACUUCAUCGGCUUCGCCAAUGCUCAGCAGAGGAGCAGCCAAGUUCACAAGAAAAACACGAUCGGAAACCAGGGAACCAAUCUUCCGCCUUCACGGCAAAUUGUGAUUCGCAAGGGCUGGCUCACCAUCAGCAACAUUGGCAUCAUGAAAGGAGGCUCGAAGGGGUACUGGUUCGUCCUGACGGCUGAGAGCUUGUCCUGGUAUAAGGAUGACGAGGAAAAGGAGAAGAAGUAUAUGCUGCCCUUGGAUAACCUGAAAGUCCGAGAUGUGGAGAAGAGCUUCAUGUCUAGCAAGCAUAUAUUUGCCCUCUUUAACACAGAGCAGAGGAAUGUAUACAAAGACUAUCGCUUCCUAGAACUGGCAUGUGACUCCCAAGAGGACGUGGACAGCUGGAAAGCGUCACUGCUGAGAGCCGGGGUCUAUCCCGAUAAAUCCACAACAGAAAAUGAUGAGAAUGGCCAGGCAGAAAACUUUUCCAUGGACCCCCAGUUGGAGAGGCAAGUUGAGACCAUUCGCAACCUUGUAGACUCCUACAUGUCGAUCAUCAAUAAGUGCAUCCGAGACCUCAUCCCAAAGACGAUCAUGCACCUCAUGAUCAAUAAUGUGAAAGAGUUCAUCAACUCCGAGCUCCUGGCGCAGCUCUACUCCUCGGAGGACCAGAACACGCUGAUGGAGGAGUCGGCCGAGCAGGCCCAGCGGCGUGACGAGAUGCUGCGCAUGUACCAGGCCCUCAAGGAGGCCCUGGGCAUCGUCGGCGACAUCAACACCGCCACCACCUUCACGCCCGCGCCGCCACCCGUGGAUGACUCCUGGAUCCAGCACUCCCGCAGGUCACCCCCUCCAAGCCCCACCAACCAAAGGAAGCCGGCACUGAACACCCCUAUCCCCCGGCCAGCCUCCAGCCGCGGGCCCGCUCCGGCCAUCCCCUCUCCCGGCCCCCACUCGGGGGCGCCCCCCGUUCCAUUCCGCCCGGGCCCCCUGCCCCCCUUCCCCAACAGCAGCGACUCGCUCGGGGCCCCUCCACAAGUCCCGUCUCGACCCACGCGGGCCCCUCCCAGCGUCCCCAGCCGGAGACCACCCCCGUCACCAACUCGCCCCACUAUAACCCGCCCACUAGAGUCCUCCCUGUUAGACUAAGCGAAGCGACUGGCCUGGCCAAAUUAAUCACUAACGAAUCCCGCCAAGGUGACCUGUUUGAUAACCUCGGCCGUGAAGUCGUGAGUCGUCCCCCACGUGGACCUCAGUUAGCAAGUAACCAGUCUCACUAACGUGCCCCCUCACGCCGUGGCUCGGGCUGGGCCCCUGGAAACGGUUGGGGCCCCCCCGAGGUGGCCAGUGGCCCGCCCUUGGCUUCUGUUUGAACCCACGUCAGACACACUUCCCGGGUGACCGAAAAGGGUGCCCCCCCCCCCGUUCAAAGCGAGGCGAGCUGCAGUGGCGAAUGUCACUUUCCCACCCCACCCCGGCUGCCACCGACGCGGGCCCCUAGCCCUGUCCCUCCCUCCAUCAGAGCCUCCGUUUCCGUGUCACAAACUGCUCAGAAGUGGUUCCCUGUUCCGAUCGGGACUCCCUAACAUCCGGACAGGAAGGAAAGCGUUUUUUUCCCAGAGGCCCAAGGCGGUUCCGGGCAUCUGCAGAGCGAGAAGGGGGCUCAAGAAGGAGCAGAAAAGUCGGCUUGGUUACCCGUCAGGCUCAGCUAGUGUCUGAGUCAGGCGUGGCUGCUGACACGGCUCAAGGCAGACGCAGUAGCUGACACCUCCCUCCCGAAGCGGCUAUGGUGUCCCUUUCUUGUUCCCUGAAACAGUCGCCUCCUCGUGGGUGCCCCAUGACGGCUGACUUAAGCAAGAUCUCAUUUAUUUUUUAUUUUUUCAUCCUGACCCAGAGCUCACGCUACUCUGACACACCCUUCAGCUAACGCAUCUGUUCAUUGGAUGGGUGCGCAAGGCACUCUCUCUCGCCUGCUAAUAUGGAAUUCCCUGGUGGGGGAAACGUAUCAACCUUGUCAUAUAGGUGGAAAGUCAUGUUCUCUCCUAGCAAACCCCGAGCCUCACGCUGGGUGCCCCCACCCCUUCACAAACGGAUUUGGGAUGGAAGGGCAAUUCGUGCGGUCAGAACUGGGCCAAGUUCAACUCCUGCUCAAGUAAGCUAGUCCAUCUCGCUUUCUCCCGGGGGCUCCUACCUGCAAACUGUAGGAUGAUAUUCAGACCUAAUGCAAAUUGCUCACUUUCUAAGCUUUCCAAAACAGCCCCCAGCAGUUGAGCCCCGGGGGGUUAAUAGUUCAGCCCGAGGCUAAGUUUGGGACUACCUCCUACGGUUGACUAGAAUGCAGGAAACAGCCGGAAGGCAACUGGAAUUUUGUCUGCUAACUCUUCCCAGACGCGGCCCCAGGAUGCUCUGGAGAGUGGGGGGGGGGGGGGGGGGGUCCCACGGCACUAUUUCAUAAGUCUUCAGAAGUAAAUCAGGUUUCACCCACCGAAACGUCUCCCUUUGAAAGCAGCGAACGUGAUUUGUAUGUGAACUUCACUUUAAUUUCCUGUGUCGUUUAUACCCAGCGCAGACCCCCAUAAAGCACGAAGUAAAAAAAAAGCGUUUCACGAUUAUUAAAACGGGACCUUGCCAAGGCGAAUGGCACUGCAGUGAACUUACUCGAAAGGGCUACUACUGCUCACCCCACUUCCCCUAAGUGAAAAUUAGAGAAUACAAUAUUUACCAAAAGAAGGUUUCAGCAUUUUUGAGCUAGACGUGAGCCCUAAAGUCUUUUCGUAGCUUCUUUUUUUUCCUCCAUGGGGAGGGGCGGGAAUAAAGACUCCUUGAGAAUAAAGCAGAAGUGCAGGGUCUGAACUGUGUUUUCGAGAGCCACCAGUCCGUGGAAAUAGGCUCAGUAAGAAUCCAUAAUAAAAAUGAGUAAGCAACAGUGAGAUCUCACCAAUUUGCCUCUCAGGAUUCCUCACUCUUCUUUGCUCUGAGUUCCCUGAAAUAGGCUGCUAACAGAUCUUGGCUCUGUGCUCAGCGUGGUUUUGCAUUUUGCUGCAUUUCAAAAAUUUCCUUCUGUUCAAGGAAACUAUUGUGGAUAACCACUGGCGUGUUCUUAGAUCAGCAUAAACCAUGUCAAAGAAAAUGAGAGUUUUUCUUUUUUUUUCCCCCUCCCUCAAGUUUCUUUCCACUGAGCUGAUUGAGGCAGGCCUGGCCACAGCAUUUGUCGCCUCCCGGUCCUGCUCACACCCGGUCACCCUGGGGUUUCUCUGUCCCCCUCGUCGUCUCUGCUAGGCGGCUUCUUGUUUCACUUUCCCGGCGGGUUAUUUCUAAGAGAACCGAGCCUCCCCCUGGAGCCUUGGCAGCUCUGUUUGGAGGUGAUUCAGCGGCUCCUCUUACCCUACCUGAAUUGAAUCAAUCCGUUUCCAAAGGGCUUUGCGUCUCCGAGGACACAGGGGCGGGAUGAAGUUGAAGGUCUUGAAUGCGUGGUGCGCACGCAGCAUUGGUGUCAGGACGAGAGGUGGGGAUGUCGCCGAACGGGCUUUUUCCGUGUCCCCCACCCCCUUCUCUGCAGGGUCUGUGGCCCUUUUUUACCCACUGUGCAGUAGAUACAGGGCCAUCACAGGAUCUGGGAAAAUAAACAGGCAAAUGGCUCUUCCUGGCUCUGUUAACUCUUGCAUGCUUACUAACUCACUGGAAUAACCAACUUAGCCACUAAUCCACAGCGCUGUGUUAUUGAGCUCGUGUCGGUUUAGGGCAGAUCUAUCUCGCUUCCGGAAAUCCCUCCCGAGAUCACACUUCUGUGUCUUGCUUUUAGCUGCGUCCUGUGACUUGAGAACACUGCCUACUUAUACCCAGAUACAAACUCACUGUCGUCCAAACAUGACAAUGAGACUAGUUCCUCUUCAAUACCUAGAAAUAUUCCGAACCUAGAGUUUCAAAGUAGUCAUAGAGAUUAAUUUUGUGACAUUUUUUCCCCUGUAGGCCAUAGCCAUAAUUCUCAAAUAUGAAAUGGGACCUAAUACCAGUAUGUGAUAAAUGUUGCUGUUUUCUGCGUGCAACGGAGAUUUUUCUAUGCAUGUGUCUUUCUGUAUGCUGUAACCACAUAGCGAGCUCAUUUCUGUAAAUAUAUGUAUUUUGUGCCCCUUUGGGUAGAUAGACUUCAAGGCACUUGUUAAAAUGCCACAAGCAUGGGUGUGAUUGUCUGUUACUGUACAUAUGUACGUAUUAUCGGUACGGAUGUUAAUAUGGGUGUAUACAUGUGCUUUGUCUCUGUAUGUUCAAAUUUAUUUGUCAAACUUCUAAUGUAAGAGGUCACGUUGGAAGCUCUGUUGUAUUAUGUGAACACUACAGUGGCUUGUUGCAGAUAACAGACAAACGAAGUCUGUGGAAGUUUCUCCAAAUUGUAUUCAUUCUUAAGAGGCCCAGAGGUCAGAAUUACCCUGGUGAGAUAUGAAGCAGUAACAUCUUUCAGCCAUUUGUACUUAAAUCCACAGCACUGCUAGCUAAGAAGUUUCCACUGACAGUUCCACAGGUGGUUAAGAAAUAUUUGAGCUGGGGCUGGAGCAAUAGCACAGCGGGGAGGGCGUUUGCCUUGCAUGCGGCCGACCCAGGUUCGAUUCCCAGCAUCUCAUAGGAUCCCCUGUGCACCGCCAGGGGUAAUUCCUGAGUGCAGAGCCAGGAGUAACCCCUGUGCAUCGCCAGGUGUGACCCCCUCCCAAAAGAAAGCAAAAAAAAGAGAAGGAUUUGAGCUGGUGGCCUAAUUUUUAAGAUACCAAUUGGGAUUAUAAAUUGUUCUGGGAUUGCUCUGUUAGACCCUAAAAAUCCUAAUUUGGUCCAUAUAGUCCCACUUUUUCUCUAUCAUAAUUUGAAAAAAAAAAAGUACAGUAGAGGGAUACUCUCACAAGCCAUCUCACGAAAAUAGCUGUGUUGUUUUUUUUUCCCCCUCGGAAAAUCUGCUAAAAAUUUCAGGGAAAGAAGCCAUCAGCCACGUUUUCACUUGGCUUUCAUUUUUCGAGCAAUCUGAGGAGAUGGGAGGCUGACAGGAAUCUUUCUGAACGUUGAGAGUCUCCGCUGUGGGUCUCUGAGCUGUAGAAGCCAAGCGCUCGUGAGACUCUCACCUCACAGUUCUGUCAAGCCUCAGUGUCGGGGGAAGGAAACCGUUUCCGGCUCACUGCUUCCUACUCCCCAUCCCUCUAGCACCUCAGCAGUGUUCCCUGCUCCACCCUGUGGUCCUGUCUGGUUGACACUUCUAUAGUCAUAUGGUACAACACGCUGGAACACCCUUAGGAGUGUGUUGACGCGUGCAGGGCUGGUGUGAGACUCUUUGUCCACGUGUGCCUUGGACACGUAUCCCAGCAACACCUCAGGAAGAACGUGCUGACACUGCACUCCUCUCUCCCGUCUACGCUUCCGCACGCUCCUCUUGCUCCUUCACUGAUGCUCACCCUUCAGUUCUCGAACUCUCGAACUCUGCACACUGUGUACCACGUGGAAGACUGUGCUCAGUCCGCGCUUCUAGCCUGUCCUGUUAGCUGCUGUCGAACCCGUCAGCGUGGAGAAGUUCCGUGCGUUUGUCUGAGUUCGUGUUGCACAGCCUGGCCUCUCGUCUGCCUCGAGCUCUCCUUUUUUUCUGAGUAACCUCCUUCUUCAGCUUUCUUUUUUAUUUGAUUUGAUUUGAUUUUUUUUUAAUGAAGCAACUGUGGACGCAUGCAAAACCUGUCUUCGGCUACUGACUGCUUCAUUCCUUCGAGCCCGAAUACUCUCUCCACUGUCUUCCUGGCGUUUAUCCGGGUGUUUUCAUGUGGACACAUGGAUGAACUCUGUGAAGGUCAUUUUGGAAGCCACUUCCCAGGCUCGUGUCCCUCUCGAAGGCCUCGUGUACCUCUUGUGAAAAUGUGAAACUGUAUUUCUGACCUGAAAUAAAUGAUCUCUGACGGCCUGA